UUUCUUUUCAAUUUACUGGAGAAAUUAAUAAAAUAAACAUAGUGAAAUAUGAAAACAUAAAUUGUUUUAUCUUGUCUACCGAAUGCAAGAGUAGUAAUGAUAAGACUCUAAAAUAUGGUAUACGUCACCGUAUUCAAUGUUUUCUUAAGUAAUAAUCAUAGCAAUGUAUUUAUUAACAGUUUUAUUCGAUGGAGUAUGAUAUUAUGAAAGCUUAUUGAAUUGUAAUAGCAAAAUGACGUGGAAUCCUUUAAAGAAAAAUCAUUUAACACAGAGGCCUACACCAGCACAACCUUUAUUAACCCAUUCAGAAGACAGAGAGUUAGAUAUCGCUGUUCAAAGACUCAUUUAUGUUGAAGAUACAAUAAGAAAAUUGACAAAGGAAAUGAAAAAGUACAUAGAAGCAAUAACAAAUUUAGAUCGUGCGGACCAAAGAUUGACAUUGAAUCUAACAACUUGUGGCUUAGCACAUCUUAAUGACGAAUUCAGGAAAGUGGUAGAAAAUUAUCAUUCAGUGACGACACAAAUUGGAAAAACAGUGCAAGAAAUGGCAGUUCUCUGCCAAAAAACUUUUAUAGAACCAUUAAAAAAGUUACGCGAUGAAUUCGUUCUGAUAGCCGCAGCAAUUGCUAAACGCGAGGAGCUACUAACAAUCUGGAAAUACUCUUAUAAUCGCGUUAAAAAAUUGCAAGAAAAAAAGGAUAGAACUGCUAGUCACAUCGCGAAAUUAGAAAGAGAACGCAGGGCAGAAGAGACAGCUGCUAAGGACUUGAAAACUGUACAUGCUCAGUUACUUGUAGAAUUACCCAUGUUUUUAGACAAGAGGCUGGAAUAUAUUAAACCCAGCGUACAGGCUUUGAUCAUGAUACAAUUAGAUUAUUAUGGAAGUACAACGCACUUAUUUACGCACUUAAUGCCAAUGCCAAACGCUUCAGGAUCAUCGCCCAGUACUAUGAUACCUGAAGAUGAAUAUCAAGAAGCAGUGGCUAAUCAAAUGAAUAGAAUAAAAGCUCUUACAAUAGUUAAAGAUCAUUAAGAAUCAUAAAAAUUUGUCAAAUAAAUGUGUUAACAGAGUUACGAUGAUUUAAACACUGAAGAAAUCAAAAUCUGUAAAAUUAACAUAGGUACGAAUGUAUUUAUCACAUGGCAGUAUUUACAUUUAUAUUGUAAAAGUAUAAGUAGAUUUAUGAUGGUACCAUUCCUUGAUUUCGUUUCCACUGAGCACCAGAACGGCGAUUAUGAUUAGCAUGUUUCGCUUUCUUAACAUUUUUUUGCUGCCUGUUGUAUAAAACAUUUUUCUCUUGCCCCUGACCUUUAGGAUUGCCUGCACAUAAGAAAAUAAGACUUAACUGUAACUAUAUAUUAAAUUUUAUUAAAUAUAUUUUUAUAAAAAUAA